AGAAAGAGAAAGAGAGCAGAGAUGUUUUGGAUCGAGCCGGACGAGGAGGAGGAGGCGUUGCUAUGCAGCCCCGCUUUGAUGGCCAGACGGGCCUCGGAGUCCUGGAUCGUCGCGCCUCCCGUGGAGGCGAUGCCGGUGGCGGCAAUGCCCCUUCAACGGAAGAAGUCACUGCCGGACGUGGCGCAGCCGAUCCAGCUCACGGCCACGGCGCCAUUGUCGAGGGAAGAAGUCAGUAUCCUGAGCAGCAUGAGACGCGAGGAGAUCCGCAGGCAGAUCGACGAGAGCGAGAGGCUCAGGGCAAACCCGCUUUUGUACCUGGUCAGUCCGCAGGUGAAAGACUGGUUCUCCCGGCAGCAGCUCGUGAUGCUGGUGCUCUUCAUCAACAUAUCCCUAGCUCUGAUGUUUUUCAAGCUGCUGACGUAGCAGCCAGCCGACGAUCGGGUUCACGGACUCGUGAACGUGGACGUGACCUGAGAGACCCGGUGGCACCGCGACGCCUUGGGUCGUCACCGAGCUGGAAUUUCGAAAGGAAAAAAAA